UCUCUACAUCAGUUUCAUCAUCUUCAAAUUCCUAGGGCUGAUUCUACAGCUCGACUUCUGCUUCCACAGCUUAGGAUUCUUUUUCCCAAAGCUCAGCUCACCUGCUCUCGGCUUCAAUUCCCGCACUUUUCCGGCCAGUUGAGUGGAGUUUUUAUUGGAUUGAAGAAUUGGAGUGCGAGAAGCUAGAAGUUAAGUAUGGCUGCGGCUGAAGAGAAUAGUGCGCUGUUCCCAAUUUUUGUGUUGACGAUGAUUGCACUGCCUCUAGUGCCUUAUACGUUUGUCAAUUUAUACCUCACAUUCAGAAAAAAGAGCCAGAAUAUUAAUUGCCGUUGUUCAGUUUGCUUCCGCUCUGGGAAGUAUCGGAAAUCCAUAUUUAGACGUAUUUCAAACUUUUCGACUUAUAGCAACCUGACGGUGUUGUUGCUCUGGGUGGUGGUUGUGCUUUUGAGUUUCUACAUCAAACAUAUUAACACUGAGAUCCAAAUAUUUGAGCCAUUCAGCAUACUUGGAUUAGAACCGGGAGUGUCAGAACCAGAAAUAAAGAAGGCCUAUAGGAAACUUUCCAUUUUAUACCAUCCUGAUAAAAAUCCAGACCCAGAGGCUAACAAGUACUUUAUCGAUUAUAUAUCCAAGGCUUAUCAGGCUCUAACUGAUCCUAUAUCACGGGAGAACUUUGAGAAGUAUGGGCACCCUGAUGGCAGGCAGGGCAUACAAAUGGGAAUUGCUCUUCCCCAGUUUCUUUUGAACAUUGAUGGAGCAUCUGGUGGAAUUUUGCUACUUGGAAUUGUUGGAGUCUGUAUCAUUCUGCCCCUGACAAUAGCGGUCAUAUACUUGUCAAGGUCAUCAAAAUAUACAGGGAAUUAUGUCAUGCAUCACACAAUGUAUGCUUAUUACCAUUUUAUGAAGCCUUCAUUAGCUCCAAGCAAGGUGAUGGAAGUUUUCAUUAGGGCUGCCGAAUACAUGGAGAUCCCCGUUCGUCGAACUGAUGAAGAAUCGCUGCAGAAGUUAUUUGUGUUGGUCAGGAGUGAGCUAAAUCUGGACCUUAGAAAUAUCCGACAAGAACAAGCUAAAUUUUGGAAACAGCAUCCGGCUUUAGUGAAGUCUGAGUUAUUAAUUCAAGCACACCUGACUCGUGAAACCGCAGAAUUAUCUCCAUAUUUGCAGCAAGAUUUUAAGAAAAUGCUUGCCCUUGCACCUCGUCUUCUAGAAGAACUAAUUAAGAUGGCAAUCAUACCACGUACCCAACAAGGACAUGGAUGGCUGAGACCUGCUAUUGGAGUGGUUGAGCUAUCCCAGAGUAUGAUCCAGGCUGUCCCCCUGAGUGCAAGAAAAGCAACCGGCGGUUCAAGUGAAGGUUAUGGUCCAUUUCUCCAGCUGCCGCAUUUUACUGAAUCAGUGGUAAAAAAGAUUGCCAGAAAGAAAGUUCGAUCGUUCCAAGAUUUUCGUGAAAUGAAACAACAAGAGCGCGCAGAGCUGUUGACUCAGUUUGCUGGCUUUUCUGAUGCUGAAGCCCAAGAUGUGGAGAUCGUUCUUGAGAUGAUGCCUUCCAUUUUAAUUGAUUUAACAUGUGAGACAGAAGGUGAGGAGGGAAUACAAGAGGGUGACAUUGUGACCAUGCAAGCUUGGAUUACUCUUCGGCGAUGGAAUGACUCGAUCCGUGCCUUACCACAUGCUCCCUACUUCCCCUAUGAAAAAGAGGAGAAUUUUUGGCUGCUGCUUGCAGACGCAUCUUCAAACGAUGUCUGGAUGUCGCAAAAGGUUAAUUUCAUGGAUGAGGCCACUGCAAUAAUUGCUGCGUCUAAAGCAAUUCAAGAAUUAAAGGAGGGGUCUGGUGCCAGUGCAAAGGAGAUUAAGAUAGCUGUAAAAGAAGCAAUUAAUAGAGUGAAAUCAGGUUCAAGGCUAGUGAUGGGCAAGUUCCAGGCCCCCUCCGAAGGAAAUUACAACCUGACCUCGUACUGCUUGUGUGAUGCAUGGAUAGGUUGUGAUGCAAAGUCCAAUGUGAAGCUCAAGGUGUUGAAACGAACUCGUGCUGGCACGAGGAACAUUGUCUCUACAGAUGAAGUGCCAUCGUUAGAGGAUGGAGCCGAAGAUGAAGACGAGGAAGGCGAUGAUGAGUAUGAUGAUGAUUACGAGAGUGAGUACAGCGAAGAUGACGAGGAUGUCAGGGGUAAAGAUGCUCAAGGAGCUGUGGCAGAUGGCUCGGUACAUGAUGAUGCAAAGGGUUCGAGUUCUGAUGGUGGCUCAGAAAGUGAUGAAAAUUGAGCUUUUUACCUUUUUUUUACUGUUGAUUUUUUCCUUUAGUUACUCAAGUGUCACAUUACAAAUGACUAGAUAACAAAGCUAUUUGUUCCAUUUUUCAA